GAAUCAAUUUAAACCACUAUAACCUCAUCUGCCAUUCUAGCUUCCUUUGCUUUCUGUUCUUCAUAUCAACAUGAAGUUCUAGUGAGUGAGUACCAACUUCAGUUUGUUCACCAUUUCAACCAAAACCCAAGUUUGUUCUUUGUGUAAAUAUAAAUUUCAACUUUGUACCAACUCCAAUUUCGUUGAAGGGAAACAAUGGGCACUCGUGGUUUCAAAGCUAUUUCUCUUUUUAUGGUGUUUAACCUUGUGUUGUUCAGUUGUGUUGCCUCUGAAAAGGUCCCAUGCCCUCCAAAGGGGACUCCUUCCCCUGCCAAUGUCCCUAAGACCCAAGGCAAAUGCCCCAAAGAUACCCUCAAGUUUGGUGUUUGUGGUAGCUGGCUGGGGCUGGUUACUGAGAUAAUUGGGACUAAACCCAGUGAAGAAUGCUGUACUCUGAUUAAGGGUCUGGCAGAUCUUGAAGCUGCAUUGUGUCUAUGUACUGCAAUUAAGGCCAAAGUUCUGGGAGUUGUCAAGGUCAAGGUGCCUGUUGCUAUCAGUCUGCUAAUCAACUCUUGCGGGAAGAAAGUUCCGAAAGGAUUUGUUUGUGCUUAGCUUACAAACAUUUAUUGUGUUUCUUCUACAAAUGUACUCGUUAUUAUGCUUGUUUUUCGAUGAAAUAAAGCAAUUUAUUAAUCUUUGAAUUAAAUGUUUAAGUACUCUGUUUCACUGUUUGUAAUAUUUUCCUUUCAAUGGCUAAUGGUGUUGUAUUGUUUU